CUGUUCGGCAUGGUCAGAAAUAGGUCGGCGGAAAGCCCAAACGAGCCUAAAUUAGUGUGACGCUGCAUGUUGCUAUGACAGCUGGCAUCGGUAUGGACUGGGGCGGAUCCACCAACCCAAUGGGACCAUGUGGUUCUCACUGCUGAUUUGUUGUGAUUUGUUUUCAGAUAGAGGAAAGAGAGAGAGCGAGUAUGAACAGCAGCAUAAGAACGGGAGGCGAGACAAAUGGAACAGGGGUUUCCCUAAUGAGCUGAUGUCUGGGAUUAUUAACCGAAUACCCCUUUGACAUUUAAUUUCCUCAAGCAGAGUGAAUCAUUGAUAGUAGCCUGGUGUUUUGUUGCUUCAUCUAUCUGCUAUGAAACUGGGCAAUUUGAGGCUUCCUUUAGUUGUUUGUAGGGAUAAAGAAAUAUAACAAAUCCUGUGUCAGUUUAUGAAAUAUUUCCGCUGCCAAGUAGGCAACUAGUUGCGACAGGUGCGCACUGAGCGAGACCAGGAUGGGCAGGCGGGAAAUUCGCAGAGACCACCGCAGCAGCGUGAUGAGCACUGAAGACCGGUCAGAACGGAGGGAGAACAUGCAGGACACGGCAGAUACCGAAACCGGCGAUGAUGGCUCCGAGACCUCAAGUCUGGACAGCCGUCGUCUCCUCAGCGGGGACAAGCGCCGCAGCCACACCGGGGAAACUGGCUCUAUGCCGGUGGAAGUGAAGAAGCACCAACAUAAACACAAUUUGAAACACCGCUACGAGGUAAUGGAGACGCUGGGAAAAGGCACCUACGGGAAAGUGAAGAGGGCGAUGGAGAGAACGACCAGGAAGACAGUGGCCAUCAAGUCGAUUCGUAAGGAGAGCAUCACUGAUGAUCUGGACAGAGUUCAUAUCAAGAGAGAGAUAGAAAUCACCUCCGCCCUCAAACACCCCUACAUCAUACGCUUCCACGAGGUGUUUGAGAGUCGUGAUAAGAUAGUGAUAGUGAUGGAGUACGCCAGCAGAGGGGAGUUGUAUGACUACGUCAAUGAGAGGAGGAGACUGGUGGAGACAGAGGCCAGAGACAUCUUCAGACAAAUCACCUCCGCCGUCCACUACUGCCACACGAAUGGCGUGGUCCAUCGAGAUCUGAAGCUGGAGAACAUUCUACUAGACCAGGACCUGAACGUCAAGCUGGCUGACUUUGGCCUGUCCAACCGCUUUAAGAAGGACAAUUUGCUCCAGACGUACUGUGGGAGUCCUCUCUACGCCUCCCCAGAGAUAGUCAAGGGACUGCCCUAUCAUGGCCCAGAGGUGGACUGCUGGGCUAUGGGAGUCUUGCUGUAUGCGCUGGUGUACGGCAGUAUGCCGUUUGACGGGGCUAGCUACAGAGCGCUCACAGAGCAGAUCAGCCAGGGACGCUACCGCAGACCAAAUCCUCCCUCAGACGCCUGUGCCCUGAUUGACUGGCUGCUGACGGUGCGUGUAGAGGAGAGGGCCACGGUGGAGGACAUAGCCAACCACUGGUGGGUCAACUGGGGCUAUGAGGACAGUGUAUGUGACUGCCCCUCAUCCCCCCACCAGGACUGCCCCUCCCCGCUGCUCGCCCGCUACAUAGACUGGCAGAACCGGGUUGCCACGGCAACCAGUUGCCCGAGCUCUGACCCUUCCGCUCACCCUCACCCGUUCUACUUCAGCUUCCCCCUGAAGGGUGAUCGCGGGGGAGGGGUGAGGUCGAGGGGGGAGAGGUCAAGUUUAAGGAAGUCGCGUAAGGUGAACACUAUCCCCCAGAAUGCACUGGGAGCAUGUAGUCCAGUUUGUACGACAACUGCCAUCAACACCACCACCACCACCGCCGCCUCCAUUUCCUCUUCCUCCAUAGGCCAGGUCGAGAGGAAGAAACCAAAGGGGAUUCUGAAACCCCAGCGGAGCUUUGAUUCAACCUUCCUGCCCCCUCCUAGAGUGAUGGGUGAGAACUCCUCCGCCAAGCCCUGCAACCUGCCUCCCCAGCCCCACAGAGCUCACACACACACUCACUCACACAGUGAUGGUCUGUCCACAAGCCUGCCUGCCCCCUCUAUGUUCUCCCAUUCCUCCUCCAAGAUGCCCAAGAAGGGGAUCCUAAAGAACCUGUAUGGUGGUGAGUCAGGGUACUGCUCAUCCCCAGAGAGAGGUAUGUCUGGAGCGGGCACAGGAGUAGGAGGUAGAGGGGUUGAUGGAGAUAUGUGCUGCUCUUACGAUCCCCACUCCCCCUCCCCCAGCUCAGAGCACAGUCCAACGAUGAGGACGGAAGCAGUGAGAAGGAGGAAAGGCAUUCUAAAGCGCAACGGCAAGUUCUCACACAGCCUGGACCUCCCUGAUGCCCUUCAUCCCUCCUUAUCCUCAGCUCUGGCCCAUUUCCCUGAGGCACUACACCAGCUCCAUCAGGCCUCCGGGGGCAGCAGACCCCCCAGCGUGGUGAGUGAGGACAGCCUCCUCUCCUCCGAUUCUUUUGACCUGCUGGACCUCAGCACCCAAUCACGCCGCAGGAUCUUCUCCCGGGGCACCCAAAGCAGUGCUUGCAGCUCAGAAGAGGAACUCGAGGACCCGGUAGCAAGGGCGGCAGACGGGAUUGGAUUAGGAAGAGGGCGGGGCAGAGAGGAGGAAGAUGAGAUGUCAUUGGAGGAGAGACAGGAGAUGCUAAGAUAAGAUAAAGGUUGCGUUCCCCUGCUCAACCAAUGGUUGCGUGCCACAUCAUCGACUGUCCCGUCGGGCACCAGAUUGCUAUAACAUAUGAUGUGGGUAGCUGAUACAUAAAAUACCUAUCCAGGUGUUGUAAGAUCUGGCAUGCGUCAUUAACUCCUGGGUAGAGCAAUGUGCCCACAAUAUGAUAAGCCCAAGAGAUGACUGGAUGCUUGUAAUAUCAGUUACUGGUGAUAUCUGAUAGGCCCAAAUUACUGACAGACUUUGUCUUUGCUAACCACAUGACAAAUAACAAUAAAGAAUUCAGCGGAAGCACCUAGUCAUACAACCUGCAGUGAUCGUAUGUUGAAGGAAAGUCAUCAAGAAAUUGUUCAUUUCAUCAAGAUCAGUUACUGAUUGGAAUGGAUUGAGUCUGCUGUCCUAGUGAUGGGAUAAAACACCUUUGGACUCUUUAACUGUGUGAAUGAAGCCAUCGCUGACUUUAAGGACUCCUAUGUGAACUAACAAAACACUGUACAGGAGACCACAUGGCAUUCCCAAUCUGGCCCUCAUACCAUCAUGGCCAUCUAAUCAUCCCCUACUUCCAGUUGGAUCAUUCAUCCCCCCUCCUCUCCCCUGUAACUAUUCCCCAGGUCGUUGUUGUAAAUGAGAAUGUGUUCAGUCAACUUACUUGGUAAGAUAAGGGUAAAAAAUAAAAUCCUGUGGACACGAAGCUAAUGUGCAAUGUUAAGACAUAGUUCAAAUUGUUCCUUUAAUUCAAGCAUGCUGUUUGCAGCAUCAGACUUGAGUUGUUUGAUUCCUGCAUGGGCCAAAUAUACUGUAUAAUAUACCCAUUUUAUGUGUUAAUUCUAAGUCACUUUGGUUAAAACAAUGAUCUAAAUGUCUGUACAGUGUAUGUCUUUGACUGGGGUGAAACCAAAUGGUGUCAACGUGGAUGUGUUAUCUCUGUGCCACAAGACAUGUAAUAUUACUCUUAUUUCAUCUGAUUUCACCGACAACAUGAGUCUUCAGAUAUAUAUAUAUAUAUAUAUAUAUGAUCUCUAAGGUCACAAGAGGCUGACUGAUGGCAUUUUACCAUGGAAUGUGAUCUUAUGGUCAAACAGACUGGAAGAUUGAAUGAGACUUUGAGGAUUUUAAAUCUGGGAUCUGUGCGCUGGAAAAGUGAACGGGUAUGUGAUUACAUUUGACUGGGAGGCAAGGAGGUAGUUACAUAAAGUAUUAUUGCUUUGGUUUUUGGAUUGGUUCAACCGUUUUAGUACGGUGAAAGAAAAAAUAAAUACAAGAAAUGAUGAAAAUGAAUACUUUUUUUCUGGAAAUAGGCCUAAUGUUUUCUGCUGUCUCACUUCCUUCAGAAUGAGCAACGACCAAAAAGCACAUUCGUUUAUCAUAAAUUGCAGGAAGUGUUUGAGGUAUUAAUAACUUGACUGAUUUGUGUCCCUGGCACUUUCACAGAUGUCUGGAGGUCUAGAAAUAAGAUGCUGAGAAAACAUUGUGAGCCAAUGGAGAUGACAGAUUAAACAAGCAUAUACUGGAUACAAAAAUAGGAGCUUUUUAAAAUACAAUCAUGAUAGUGAUUAUAAAACGCCUGUCUAAUACCGAACAUCCAUUUUCAGACACUUCUCUGGUCUCUGCAGUGGAGAGGCCUUUUCCCUGGGUUGACCAUAAGUAGGGGAACAUCAGGGAGAACAGAGCGUUGUGUUUAUAAUGUGCCAUUAGUGGUUGUUUUUGAUCGAUAGCAGAAACCCCAUUCUGUCCCUCUACACAAAGACAUAUUUACUCUAAAGUCCAUUUCCAUGUUCUGUUCAUUUGCUAUGAUUAGAAACCAUCUGAAGUAGUGCACUCUACUGACUGGAGUCACAAACAGAAAAUGACUGAUGCCUUGCCUCUCUGUUGCAAAUGCUGUCCAUACCACAAUCCCCUCUAUGGAGCGAAUCUAGGUCAUAGUCCAGCCAAACCCUCACCAUGUCACCUCAUGCCAUCAGAAUGACUGACCCAAAGGCAGCCAUUUUAAUCUCAGGUUGACUCUAGUGUUUUUGUUAUCCGCAUCAGAAAAGGAUGGGGUUAUUUAAAUGGCUAAUCCUAUUCUUUUCAGGGAGACUUGAUGAUGUCAUGGCUCAGGCAACACUAAACUAACAUUUACCCAAGAAUGGGAGUAAGAAUAACAUUCAGCUAAGCAACACAGAACAUCUGAAUAAUGGAUUGUAUGCAGUGAGAGUAAUUUGUCCCUCUCUUUAGUAUCAUCGUCAAGAAUCUUUUCCAUUAACUUUGGAGCAGUGUGUUUAUCUACUUGAUACGUACAGUGCGUUGCAAAAGUAUUCACCCACUUGGCGUUUUUCCUCUUUUGUUGCAUUAUACAACCUGUAAUUUAAACUGAUUUUUAUUUGGAUUUCAUGUAAUGGACAUACACAAAAUAGUGUAUGAAAAAAAUGACUUGUUUUAAAAAAUUGUUUAAAAAAAUCAAAUCAAAUAAAACUUGAAAAGUGGUGCGUGUAAAUGUACUCACCCCCU